GUAUAUGAGCCAUACAGAGUGUAAUCCGCGCAUCUUUCCUGACCUCUGCAAGCUGAAGAACGCACAUGGAAGCAGGUGCCAAGAGAGAAGCAAUGGCAUCUUCGCUGGGCAGUGAAGCGGAUCAAGAGCACAACGGCAGUGGCUACACCAUUGCAGCUACUGCUCAUGCUGUAGACACAGACUCAUGGCAGCAGGUGGGCCUGCUUCUUGUGACCUCCAUCAACUGCGCCUAUGUGCUUAGCUUCUCCAACCUCAUGCUGGCCCCCUUGGGCUGGGGGUGGGGCAUCGCCUGCCUGCUUAUCGUCGCCGCCGCUGCGUGGUAUGCCAACUGGCUCCUCGCCGGCCUACAUGUCAUCGACGGCCAGAGGUUCAUCCGGUACAGGGACCUCAUGGGCUUUGUCUUCGGAAAAUGUACUACAUCACUUGGUUCCUGCAGUUCAGCAUCCAGCUUCUCGGAAACAUGGGCUUUAUUUUACUGGGAGCAAGAGCACUCAAGAUUGGGAUGUUCAGAACUGGAGGAAUCCCAGCACUACCGUCUAAAUGGGAAAUCGAGCAGGCAAAAGGACUACGGCGUCCAUGGGAGCCCAGCGGAGAAGGCGUUCAACGCGCUGGGCGCCGUCACUGCCAUCCUCGUCUGCAACGCGUCCGGGAUGCUCACGGAGAUACAGUCGACGCUGCGGUCGCCGGCGGUGCGCAACAUGCGGCCGGCGCUGGCGGUGCAGUACACCGCUGGCGCCGCGGCCUACUACGGCGUCAGCGCGGCGGGGUACUGGGCGUACGGGUCGGCGGUGUCGGAGUACCUCCCCGACGAGCUCAGCGGGCCGAGGUGGGCCGUCGUGCUCCUCAACGCCGCCGCCUUCCUGCAGAGCGUCGUCUCGCAGCACAUGUUCACGGCGCCGGUGCACGAGGCGCUGGACACGCGGCUGCAGCGGCUGCACGAGGGCACGUCCUCCCGUUACAACCUCACGCGUCGCCUCUGCGCGCGGGGGCUCGUCCUGGGCUUCAACGUCUUCGUCGCCGCGCUGUUCCCCUUCAUGGGCGACUUUGUCAACCUCUUCGGCUCCUUCGCGCUCGUCCCGCUCACGUUUGGCCUCGUUUGUUUAACUCGUGCUAUUCCAUUUUACAAAAAGAAUCUCGCAUGCAUGGUGUACUAAACGAAGUCUAUUUGCAAAACCUUUUCAGGGAUGAGUGUAACUUUUCGCGACGAAUCAAAUGACGGCAAUUAAUCGAUAAUUUUCUACAGUGAUGCUACAGUAACUAUCCUCUAAUCGCUCGGUCAAAGGCCUCAUUAGAUUCUUCAAGGUCACUAGCGCAAGGGUUCUUAAGUUGGUUUUGUAAUCUGACUUUGUUUGAUACCGUAAUUAGUGGUCAAAAUGUCACUAUUUACUACCACGCUGCAAACCAAACGGGGCCGAGCAUGAUCGUCCUCAAGGCAUGUAGUCCCCACAGCUCUAGCUGGCACUGGCAGCCGUAUUUGUUUAAUCUGAUGGUGGAUUGCUGGUGCAGAUAAAUGGGAAGGGCGGCAAGAGAUGGAGCAGGAUCUGGCACUGGGGCAUCAUCGCCGUCUCCACGGUUCUCGGCAUCGCCACCACUGCCGCCGCUGUCCGUUUGAUCUUCCACAACGCCAGGGUUUACAACUUCUUCGCCGACAUGUAACGGCACCAAACCAAAGAGGCAAAGAGCGCAGGGUGCAACAGGUUCAGGUGCCUCAUGCUAGCCAUAGCUCGUAUACUAGAUACCCAGCUGGCACAACAUCCAUGGACGCUGCACAAUUUCAUGCCGGUUCAUUACAAGAAAAAGCCCAACUGACAUCAUCAAACUCUCGAUCUGUUGUAACACAGCAAUCAGGUUCGCCAGUUUAUAACUUC